GAACCUCAUUUGCAUAGAAACUUGAAGAAUACAGCGACACGUGCAGAUUCAAAAAGGGAUAAAUCGUAUACGCGACGAGAAGAUGAAUCGUUUUAAUCUCUCGAAAAUCUUCCAGAUAAAUCGCGGAUGAUCGCCAUAAAACGAUGUUGAAAGAAAGAUUAUCUUUCUUAAGAUUUAAUAUAAUUCUACGUACUUGUGUCGUUUCGAUGGAAUUGAUUAUAAAAAUGAACCAAGUAUUUUUACUACAAAUGAAACGUGGUUCCCUAUGAGUAGUAGUCGAAUUCUUGAAGCGAACUUUGGUUAUUGAAACUGACUCGGGGAUUCAUGAAUACAUAUUGGUCUUGAUCUCGUCCCUACUUAGAAACCAUCUCGACAUAAAUGACAAUUUGCAUCAGUCACGGUGCAGUACUGAAACUUGAGGACAGUAUGAAUCAUUGGCGACUUCAAUCCACAGAUCUAACUGAAAUACCCAAGUACGUAAUUCCCCGAAUAUCCGUUUGAGUCAUAGGUCAAGAAAAGAUGUCAAUAACGGUCGCUAAAGUACGCACGAGGCGGUAUGGUGUCCGGAAAAAUGAUUGAAUCAACCAGUCGUUUGGUUUCCUGUGUGUUCUGCAGCGGGAAUAUCCUUUCGCCGCCCUGAAAAUGGAGGUGGAAACGAGAAAGAGAGACAGACGGAUUUAAAAAGCUGAGUUCUUAUCGUGCAUCGAUUAGACGUGAUUCAUCCGCGAACUGAAACAAACGUGGAAAGUGGUAGUUGCGCUGGAAGGUGAACAAAAUCGGUGAUAAACGGACUAACGUUAAAUCGAAAAUGAUUAAGAAAGGAACAAUUCUGUCGCUUGUGGUCUGUUUGCUGAUCACCGCAGUGGUCGCUCAGCUAUCUAGCAAAGGUGGACACUGCCCACUGAGAAACAGUGUGUCAAAGUGCACUCCUAGAUGCGUGACCGAUUAUCAAUGUUCCGCAAAUGAAAAAUGCUGCCCAAAUAAAUGCGGAGGCGAGUCGUGCGUAGAAGCCAGUCCUGUCAGUUCUGGUAAUGGUUACAAAGGGUCGGAGACUGAAGGCGUUUACUGUGCGGGCGUAAAAUGCGGACCGUAUCAAAAAUGUCAAUUCGAUCGAAAGACAAAGCGGGAAAAAUGCGUACGCACAUAAAUGCGUAGAUUAAAUAUUACGUCUGUGAAAUAAAAGUACUGCGAUAAGAAA